AUGCACCGUCUUUUUGUUGAGCUGGAGCCAUCUUUAACCGUCACAGAGCAAAACCUGGCAGACCGAGUUCGGUAUAUCUUGCGCUCAAAUAUAUUUGAUGUCGCCGAACUCGAACGGCUACGACGUGAGGCUGUUCCCUCAUCGGAUGAAAAUGCUACGGCUGAGGCGCCACAAAUUGUAGAGCAACCCGCAAACGUGGAUGCCGCCGUGAAUACCCCAGUUGUGGUUGAUUCAAACGAUGAUGGAACAGUCGCCCAGGAACUGGAAUUAGAGCAUAUGAGGAGUACAUUGGAAGAGGCGAUUGUGGAAACGCGCAGUACGCCUCUUGAAAAUCGACCGCGACUUCCCCGCAUAGCCAUAUUCCUUGCUUAG